GAUCAUGCGCUUCCCAUGGCAGCUGUGUAAGGAGAAAGUGCGUCGAAUCCUACAGGAGGCGCUGCGUGUGUGGAGUGACGUCACGCCCCUGAAGUUUACCGAGGUCAGCAGUGGGAGAGCUGACAUCAUCAUCGACUUCACCAGGUAAUAAUCAUACUAGAUGAUAGAUGUUAUAAGUUUGUAUUUGUGCAUUUUGUGCAUUAUAGUAAGAGGCAAAAACACCUUGUAUUGGCUAACACUCUGAGGCAUCCAAAGUGCCAGGCUUGGGAUCAAGAUCAACUCUUUUUCAACUCACUUAUUUCAGGAAAUCAAAAAAAAGUUUAGGAAAUAAAGAGAAAUGUCCAAUCAAUUAAUAUGACCGUUUUUCAAUAUACUUUCAAUAUACCAGCAUAACUGUGCAUGACUCAACUAGAAAUGAAUCACAGUAUUUGUGAAGUACACAUCAGCACUGCCAUACAGUAUAUGUAUGUCUUAUAUCACUUACCUGAUGUAACUCAGUAUGUCUGACUGAGCUGUGAAGCAUUCAACCAUUACAACAACUAUUGACAGCACAUAGGAGAUUGCAUUUCAUAUGUCUAGAGUGCUUUUUUAUCAGGUUCAUCUUGUUGACUUAGACAGGUGAAGUUGUCAUUUUAUCAGACAAAAUCACAAGGAACUUUUUAAAAGGAGUUAAGGGAUUAGAGAUGGUUGGACAGAUAAUCUGCUCUGCUGUUGGACAUUCAUACAGCUGUGUGAAGGUGAGUUAGGGGUUGUCUGUUUAGGAAAGAUGGGAAAUAAAGGGAGGGGUGUUACAACUAGUACAGGUGUAAAAUGUCUAACAGGCCAACACCAGUGUUCAGUUAUCUCAGUCCAAUCACCAACCUUGGGGGCAAUUUCUAUUUACUCAAUCCAAAAAUGCGAUGCAUGUACUGUAUGUAUGAAUUGGUGAAUGGUCAGUUAUUUUCAAAGAAAGUUUCUAUAAUUCCUGAACUGAAUUUCCAAUCCAGACCCUGAAUUCACCAACUCAGUUAAACGGAGGUGAAUUGACCCCAACCCUGCCCGUCACUCACCGAUGUCUAUAAUACAGAUGUAGGAUAUUAAUUUGAUCACUGUUUUGUUCCUGAGAAUUGUCCUGCACUGCAGGAAAUGUAGACUUGUAGUGUGCUCAAGGUUUAAAAAGGCUUCUAAAGUUUGUAAUUUCCACUUUAAAAGGUCAGAAUUGUUAUGCCUCAACGAAAAAUGUAUCAACCCCUUCAAAACAUUUAUAUUAAUUAUAAUCCACAUUUCUUGUUGCGGCAGGAUUAUUUUCCUGCUGUAGCAAACUGGCUCAAAUUAACAUGCUACAUCUGUAAGCCAUGCUCCAGGGUGGAUUCCCCCCCCCCUCUCCAACCCACGCUUGAAUGUUACAAAGCAGGACUUGUUUACUGCGGUUUAUGUGAAUGAACGUCCUCAGGGCAAACUUUUCCCAACCUCAUCGUAUUUCUCGUUCUGGCACGAGCACAACAGCAUUACAUUCCCUUGUCGUAAAUGACUGUAGUUUUACAGUAUCCACCUUCAGACCAGACCUACAGUGCCUUCAGAAUGUAUUCAUACCAGUUGACUUAUUCCACAGUUUGUUGUCAACAGGCAAAAUUGAUUAAAUAUAUUUUUUUCUCACCCAUCUAUCUACACACAAUACCCCAUAAUGACAAAGUGGAAACAUAUAUAUAUUUUUUUGCAAAUUGAUUUAAAAUGAAAUACAUAAAUAUCGAAUUUACAUACAGUGCCUUCGGAAAGUAUUCAGACCCCUUGACUUUUUCCACAUUUUGUUACGUUACAGCCUUAUUCUAAAUUGGAUUAAAUAAAAAUUUUCCCUCAUCAAUCUACACACAAUACCUCAUAAUGACAAAGUGAAAACAGGUUUUUCAAAAAAAAUUAUAAUUUAUAAAAAAUACAAAACAGAAAUACCUUAUUUGCAUAAGUAUUCAGACCCUUUGCUAUGAGACUCGAGAUUGAGCUCAGGUGCAUCCUGUUUCCAUUGAUCAUCCUUGAGAUGUUUCUACAACUUGAUUGGAGUUCACCUGUGGUAUAUUUAAUUGAUUGGACAUGAUUUGAAAAGGCACACACCUGUCUAUAUAAGGUCCCACAGUUGACAGUGCAUGUCAGAGCAAAAACCAAGCCAUGAGGUCGAAGAAAUUGUCCGUAGAGCUCCGAGACAGGAUUGUGUCGAGGCACAGAUCUGGGAAAGGGUACCAAAAAAUAUCUGCAGCAUUGAAGGUCCCCAAUAACACAGUGGCCUCCAUCAUUCUUAAAUGGAAGAAGUUUGGAACCACCAAGACCCUUCCUAGAGCUGGCUGCCCGGCCAAACUGAGCAAUCGGCGGAGAAGGGCCUUUGUCAGGGAGGUGACCAAGAACCCGAUGGUCACUCUGACAGAGCUACAGAGUUCCUCUGUGGAGAUGGGAAAACCUUCCAGAAGGACAACCAUCUCUGCAGCACUCCACCAAUCAGGCCUUUAUGGUAGAAUGGCCAGACGGAAGCCACUCCUCAGUAAAAGGCACAUGACAGCCCUCUUGGAGUUUGCCAAAAGGCACCUAAAGGACUCUCAGACCAUGAGAAACAAGAUUCUCUGGUCUGAUUAAACCAAGAUUGAACUCUUUGGCCUGAAUGCCAAGCGUCACGUCUGGAGGAAGCCAGGCACCGCUCAUCACCUGACCAAUACCAUCCCUACAGUGAAGCAUGCUGGUGGCAGCAUUAUGCUGUGGGGAUGUUUUUCAGUGUCAGGGACUGGGAGACUAGUCAGGAUUGAGGGAAAGACGAAUGGAGCAAAGUACAAUGAGAUCCUUGAUGAAAACCUGCUCCAGAGCGCUCAGGACCUCAGACUGGGGCGAAGGUGGACUCCAAUCACGUUGUAGAAACAUCUCAAGGAUGAUCAAUGGAAACAGGAUGCACCUGAGCUCAAUUUCGAGUCUCAUAGGAAAGAGUCUGAAUACUUAUGCAAAUAAGGUAUUUCUGUUUUGUAUUUUUUAAGUCAUUUAAAUCUUGCCAUAGAUUUCCAAGCCGAUUUAAGGCAAAACUAUAACUAGGCCACUCAAUGUCGUCUUGGUAAGCAACUCCAGUGUAUAUUUGGCCUUGUGUUUUAGGUUAUUGUCCUGCUGAAAGGUGAAUUUAUCUCCCAGUGUCAGACUGAACCAGGUUUUCCUCUAGGAUUUUGCCUGUGCUCAGCUCUAUUCCAUUUAUUUUUAUCCCAAAAAACACCAUAGUCCUUGCUGACAAGCAUACCCAUAACAUGAUGCAGCCACCACCAUGCUUAAAUAUAUGAAGAGUGGGACUCAGUGAUAUGUUGUGUUGGAUUUGCCCCAAACAUAGCACUUUGUUUUUUACAGUUUUACUUUAGUGCCUUAUUGCAAACAGGAUGCAUGUUUUGGAAUAGUUUUAUUCUGUACAGUCUUACUUCUUUUCACUCUGUCAUUUAGGUUGGUAUUGUGGCGUAACCAGGCUCUGUCGCAGCCGGCCGUGACCGGGAGUGACCGGCCGUGACCGGGAGACUCAUGGGCAGCGCACAAUUGGCCUAGCGUUGUCCAGGGUAGGGGAGGGAAUGGCCGGCAGGGAUGUAGCUCAGUUGAUAGAGCAUGGCGUUUGCAACGCCAGGGUUGUGGGUUCGAUUCCCACGGGGGACCAGUAUGAAAGAAAAAAAUAAAAAAAUUUAAAAAAAUUCACUAACUGUAAGUCGCUCUGGAUAAGAGCGUCUGCUUAAUGACUAAAAUGUAAAUGUAAAAUGUAACUACAAUGUUUAAUAUCCAUUCUCAAUUUUCUCCUAUCACAGCCAUUAAACUCUGUAACUGUUUUAAAGUCACCAUUGGCCCCACGGUUUCCUUCCUCUCCUGCAUCUGAGUUAGGAAGGACGCCUAUAUCUUUGUAGUGACUAGGUGUCACCAUCCAAAGUGUAAUUAAUAACUUCACCAUGCUCAAAGGGAUAUUCAAUGUCUGCUUUUUUUUUUUUUUACCCAUCUACCAAUAGGUGCCCUUCUUUGUGAGGCAUUGGAAAACGUCCCUGGACCUUACAGAUAAUUGUAUGUGUGGGGUACAGAGAUGGGGUAGUCAUUUAAAAAUCAUGUUAUACACUAUUAUUGAGUGAGUCCAUGCAACUUAUUAUGUGACUUGCUAAGCACAGUUUUAUUCCUAUUUAGGCUUGCCAUAAGAAAGAGGUUGAAUACUUAUUGACUCAAGACAUUUCAGCUUUUCAUUUUUAAUUAAUUUGUGAACAUUUCUAUAAACAUACAGUGGGGAAAAAAGGAUUUAGUCAGCCACCAACUGUGCAAGUUCUCCCACUUAAAAAGAUGAGAGAGGCCUGUAAUUUUCAUCAUAGGUACACGUCAACUAUGACAGACAAAUUGAGAAAAAAAAUUCCAGAAAAUCACAUUGUAGGAUUUUUAAUGAAUUUAUUUGCAAAUUAUGGUGGAAAAUAAGUAUUUGGUCACCUACAAACAAGCAAGAUUUCUGGCUCUCACAGACCUGUAACUUCUUCUUUAAGAGGCUCCUCUGUCCUCCACUCGUUACCUGUAUUAAUGGCACCUGUUUGAACUUGUUAUCAGUAUAAAAGACACCUGUCCACAACCUCAAACAGCCACACUCCAAACUCCACUAUGGCCAAGACCAAAGAGCUGUCAAAGGACACCAGAAACAAAAUUGUAGACCUGCACCAGGCUGGGAAGACUGAAUCUGCAAUAGGUAAGCAGCUUGGUUUGAAGAAAUCAACUGUGGGAGCAAUUAUUAGGAAAUGGAAGACAUACAAGACCACUGAUAAUCUCCCUCGAUCUGGGGCUCCACGCAAGAUCUCACCCCGUGGGGUCAAAAUGAUCACAAGAACGGUGAGCAAAAAUCCCAGAACCACACGGGGGGACCUAGUGAAUGACCUGCAGAGAGCUGGGACCAAAGUAACAAAGCCUACCAUCAGUAACACACUACGCCGCCAGGGACUCAAAUCUUAAGCUUAAGCCAGUACAUGUCCAGGCCCGUCUGAAGUUUGCUAGAGUGCAUUUGGAUGAUCCAGAAGUGGAUUGGGAGAAUGUCAUAUGGUCAGAUGAAACGAAAAUAGAACUUUUUGGUAAAAACUCAACUCGUCGUGUUUGGAGGACAAAGAAUGCUGAGUUGCAUCCAAAGAACACCAUACCUACUGUGAAGCAUGGGGGUGGAAACAUCAUGCUUUGGGGCUGUUUUUCUGCAAAGGGACCAGGACGACUGAUCCGUGUAAAGGAAAGAAUGAAUGGGGCCAUGUAUCGUGAGAUUUUGAGUGAAAACCUCCUUCCAUCAGCAAGGGCAUUGAAGAUGAAACGUGGCUGGGUCUUUCAGCAUGACAAUGAUCCCAAACACACCGCCCGGGCAACGAAGGAGUGGCUUCGUAAGAAGCAUUUCAAGGUCCUGGAGUGGCCUAGCCAGUCUCCAGAUCUCAACCCCAUAGAAAAUCUUUGGAGGGAGUUGAAAGUCCGUGUUGCCCAGCGACAGCCCCAAAACAUCACUGAUCUAGAGGAGAUCUGCAUGGAGGAAUGGGCCAAAUUACCAGCAACAGUGUGUGAAAACCUUGUGAAGACUUACAGAAAACGUUUGACCUGUGUCAUUGCCAACAAAGGGUAUAUAACAAAGUAUUGAGAAACUUUUGUUAUUGACCAAAUACUUAUUUUCCACCAUAAUUUGCAAAUAAAUUCAUUAAAAAUCCUACAAUGUGAUUUUCUGGAUUUUUUUUCUUCAUUUUGUCUGUCAUAGUUGACGUGUACCUAUGAUGAAAGUUACAGGCCUCUCUCAUCUUUUUAAGUGGGAGAACUUGCACAAUUGGUGGCUGACUAAAUACUUUUUUUCCCCACUGUAAUUCUACUUUGGACACAAAAUCUAAAUUUUAUCAAUUUUAAAUACUGUCUGCGAUGACAGCAUUACUUUGAUCAUUUACUGUACAGAAGGUCCAAUGGAGCCUACUUGAAUAUCUGAGCCGAGAACCCAGCAAAUAUUCAGUGUCAAUAUCCCCUUCAAGUGAAUCUUAAUUCAUCUCAAAAUGGAUACAUCCCUUGUAUGUAAAGUACAAACUUAAUAACAAACACGUAAAUCAGAUUUGUAUGGAGCCCCUAAAGUGACGUUAUGACUUAUGAAGUGGUCAUGAGGUGAACUUUGUCUAAAACAAAAUGGGUGACCACCCGGCCUUGUGCCUCUGUGUUUGUUGUGUAGGUACUGGCAUGGUGACAACCUGCCCUUUGAUGGUCCUGGAGGCAUUCUGGCUCAUGCCUUUUUUCCCAGAACUCACCGGGCAGGGGACAUCCACUUUGACUAUGACGAGAGUUGGACAGUGGGCAACAGCAUGGGUGAGUGAAUAGCAUAAAUAAGCGAUUUAUGAGCCUAUACGUACAGAUGUAGGAUCUUAAUUUGAACACCCUGUUGCAGGAGAACUUUCCUGCAAUGCAGGACAUUUAAAACUUGUAGUGUAUUUGAGGUUUAAAAAGGGUUCUGAAGUUUGUAAUUUCCACUUUGAAAUUUUUGACUUGAUUUUACCUUACGAAAAAUGUAUCACCCCUACAAAAAUGCCCAUUAAUUAUAAUCCACAUAAUAAGUCUCAUUUCUUGUUGCUGCAGAAUUAUUUUCUUUCUGUAGCAAAAUGGCUCAAAUUAGGAUCCUACAUCCGUAGUAGUUUAUAAGGGAAGAUACUGAAUAAACAUUGCCAAAGAUACUGCAAGGUUACUGCCUAAAUUUUGCUCAGGAAAGUUUGGUUAAAGCCCUCUGUUACUGUCCCUUGUCCUAUGUCCCAUGGUGGUCCCUCAGGCACAGACCUCCUGCAGGUGGCGGCCCAUGAGUUUGGCCACGUCCUCGGCCUCCAGCACUCCCUGGUCGACGGAGCCGUCAUGUCCCCAUUCUACAGCUUCUCAUACCCGUUGGGGCUGAGUGACGAUGACAAGCAGGGCAUCCAACACCUCUACGGCCCACCGCGGAAAGCCCCCCCUGUCAUCACAGAGACCAAUGAGAUCGAAAACACUGUGGUGAGGACAGCACAUGACAAAACAUUAAUAGAAGUUCAACUUAUUAGUGAUCACAUCCAUUGUUGGGAGCAUAUACAGUGCCUUCAGAAAGUAUUAACACCCCUUGACUUUUCCCACAUUUUGUUGUGUUACAAAGUGGGAUUAAAAUGGAUUUAAUUGUCAUUUUUUGUCAACGAUCUACACAACAUACUCUGUAAUGUCAAAGUGGAAGAAACAUUUUAACAAAAAGAAAGUCAAGGGGUGUGAAUACUUUCUCAAUAAACUUAAACAUUAGUAGGCUUAUACGCAAUGCUCAUUUCAAUGGCCCAAUUAAUGUUGUUGACAAAAGUUGAGAUUCAAGAAAGUGUCUAGCCUUCCAAUAGGCUGAGUUGAGCUUCCGCCAUAUUGCUUUUGCAUGACAACCUGUGCUCACUGUGUGUCUCUCUCGCCAUGACUUGGCCACAGCCGGACCCCUGCAGGACUAACUUUGACGCAGUGUCCAUGAUCAGGGGCGAGCUGUUCUUCUUCAAGUCCCGCUAUGUGUGGCGUAUCCGCAACGGCCGACUGCAGGUUGGGUACCCGGCGCUAGCAACGCGCCACUGGAGGGGGAUCCCCAAUAACAUUGAUGCGGCCUAUGAAGACAAGACUGGAAACAGCUGGUUCUUCCAAGGUGGGUUCCACCAUAAAAACAGAAUAACUACCAUACUCUGGGGGACUUUACCCAUUUGAGUAAGUAUAUUUCUAUGGGCUCCACUGUCUGUUGGUAGCAGUGGCUUUUGAGCUCUGAUAUUUGGCAGGUAUGGUAAGAAGUAGCUCAUCCAAGGGCAAUAAGUCAAAGUUAUCCUGAUGGUGGCGCUGUAGUGCCAUAGGGCUUGAAACAUGGCUGCUUGCAACUAUAUACAGUGGGGAGAACAAGUAUUUGAUACAUUCUGAUUUUGCAGGUUUUCCUACUUACAAAGCAUGUAGAGGUCUGUAAUUUUUAUCAUAGGUACACUUCAACUGUGAGAGACGGAAUCUAAAACAAAAAUCCAGAAAAUCACAUUGUAUGAUUUUUAAGUAAUUAAUUUGCAUUUUAUUGCAUGACAUAAGUAUUUGAUACAUCAGAAAAGCAGAACUUAAUAUUUGGUACAGAAACCUUUGUUUGCAAUUACAGAGAUCAUACGUUUCCUGUAGGUCUUGACCAGGUUUGCACACACUGCAGCAGGGAUUUUGGCCCACUCCUCCAUACAGACCUUCUCCAGAUCCUUCAGGUUUCGGGGCUGUCGCUGGGCAAUACGGACUUUCAGCUCCCUCCAAAGAUGUUCUAUUGGGUUCAGGUCUGGAGACUGGCUAGGCCACUCCAGGACCUUGAGCCACUCCUUAGUUGCCCUGGCUGUGUGUUUCGGGUCGUUGUCAUGCUGGAAGACCCAGCCACGACCCAUCUUCAAUGCUCUUACUGAGGGAAGGAGGUUGUUGGCCAAGAUCUCGCGAUACAUGGCCCCAUCCAUCCUCCCCUCAAUACGGUGCAGUCGUCCUGUCCCCUUUGCAGAAAAGCAUCCCCAAAGAAUGAUGUUUCCACCUCCAUGCUUCACGGUUGGGAUGGUGUUCUUGGGGUUGUACUCAUCCUUCUUCUUCCUCCAAACACGGCGAGUGGAGUUUAGACCAAAAAGCUAUAUUUUUGUCUCAUCAGACCACAUGACCUUCUCCCAUUCCUCCUCUGGAUCAUCCAGAUGGUCAUUGGCAAACUUCAGACGGGCCUGGACAUGCGCUGGCUUGAGCAGGGGGACCUUCCGUGCGCUGCAGGAUUUUAACCCAUGACGGCGUAGUGUGUUACUAAUGGUUUUCUUUGAGACUGUGGUCCCAGCUCUCUUCAGGUCAUUGACCAGGUCCUGCCGUGUAGUUCUGGGCUGAUCCCUCACCUUCCUCAUGAUCAUUGAUGCCCCACGAGGUGAGAUCUUGCAUGGAGCCCCAGACCGAGGGUGAUUGACCGUCAUCUUGAACUUCAAUUUUCUAAUAAUUGCGCCAACAGUUGUUGCCUUCUCACCAAGCUGCUUGCCUAUUGUCCUGUAGCCCAUCCCAGCCUUGUGCAGGUCUACAAUUUGAUCCCUGAUGUCCUUACACAGCUCUCUGGUCUUGGCCAUUGUGGAGAGGUUGGAGUCUGUUUGAUUGAGUGUGUGGACAGGUGUCUUUUAUACAGGUAACGAGUUCAAACAGGUGCAGUUAAUACAGGUAAUGAGUGGAGAACAGGAGGGCUUCUUAAAGAAAAACAAACAGGUCUGUGAGAGCCGGAAUUCUUACUGGUUAGUAGGUGAUCAAAUACUUAUGUCAUGCAAUAAAAUGCAAAUUAAUUACUUAAAAAUCAUACAAUGUGAUUUUCUGGAUUUUUGUUUUAGAUUCAAUCUCUCACAGUUGAAGUGAACCUAUGAUAAAAAUUACAGACCUCUACAUGAUUUGUAAGUAGGAAAACCUGAAAAAUCAGCAGUGUAUCAAAUACUUGUUCUCCCCACUGUAUAUAUAUUUUUAAAGAAGAUAUUAUUUUAUGACAGGACAUUUCGAAGCAAAUUUGGAGACAGGUAUGGUAGGGGUAAAGAAAGGAAGGGUACAGACAGGAGAGGCCCAAGGUGAGACUUGUGUGGUCCAGAGUCGGGAGUUUAGACUGCUAUACCAGACUCUGGCACAUUGGUAGCAGUUCUGAGUGGGACCGAAAGUGUGGGCUUUGAGAGCCAUUUUUCUGAAAGUCAAGUUAGGUCAAACUUCUAAAAUGGAAGGAUUAGACAGCAGAUCACCAGGGGGGAAAUAUGCAGGGGGGUAAAUGCAAGUGAUUUUAGUUAAUUCAUACACAAACAAUCCAUGGCUUAAGGACUCUUAUGCUCUGGUUUUGUUUAUUUGAACAAUGUCAAUCAUAGUGAUGACAGAUGACAGAAACACGGUCCACACUUGCAAGGGUGUAUAGUGUGUGUAGUGUGUAUGUAGGUGUGUGUUGUUUUAAUGGUCAUGUAAACUCCCCACCUCCCACCAGGGCUUAGCCAGUGUUUGGGUGGGCCAAUUAGGUCCGCAGCUCCUACAAACAGCAGCAGUAGGGAGGGAGAUGAAACACAGGGUACAGGUUUCAGCCUGUGCAUCUGAAGUGGUUUAUGUGACCCACUGUCUGCUUAGCACAAAAGUGAUACAGGGUCUGAUAUGAUUCCAUCCCACAAAAAGUUAACAUUACAAUUGGGAGUAGACUAAUCCUAAUCUGAUCCUAGAUCUGUGUCUUAAAAGACGAGCAAUUUAUGGUGUGUUCUCAUUUGGGUCCCCUGUGUGUGACAUCAUCAAAAGGUGACAGUUACUGGGUGUUUGACGCGGAGAGGAAGAUCACUGGGCCGGACUCGUUGAGUCGGCUGGGCCUCCACGUGUCGGACAUCCAGGCAGCCCUCAUGUGGGGCGAGGACAAGGCCCAGAAGACUUACCUCUUCAAGUCGGGCACCUACUGGUGCUUCAGCCCCCUGGAGAACCGGGUGGAGACAGCCCACCCGCGCAGCAUGCAGGACUGGAGGGGCAUCCCCAUGGACAUCGACGCCGCCUUCCAGGACCGAUAUGGUGAGAGUCGUACUUGCAUUACUAUAAGAAGAAAAGAUAAGUUAAUAAUGUACAUAUUUGGCCAUGAUCCACCAUGUGGUGUUGUGUGUGCCCAGUUGAAUUGAUAGCAAGGAAUUGUGUAUUUCUGACAGUUCAAUUGUGUGUGUUUGUGUGUUUCAAGUUACAAGUUGUAUUAGUCGUAUGUACAGGAUACACAUGGUAUACACCGCCCAACGAAAUGCUUACUUGCAGGGUCCUUCUCGACAAUGCAACAACAAUAAGAAAUAAUGAAAGAUAAGUAUACGAACAUAAAUGUUCCAAAGCCAAGCAGCUAUCCUGCACCAUUCCCAGAAAGUUGUGGGAAGGUUGUGUCGUGGAAAUUACCACCAGGGACACUGAACAAACUUAAAGCACCAUAGUACAUGUCGGUCGGGAGUCCCGUUAGUUCUCUUAUAUACGGCUAUACAAAGUUAUAUAAGUAUGAUUUACAUGAUUCAUUAUUCAUCAUUAACUUUAGUUCCUGCACGUGACUGACCAAUACCUCACGAGGCUUCUUCUCUCCAAGCUGAGUCCUUGAAACUGAGAUACCCCUUUCGGUUCUCAUACAGCAAUAUUCUGGGCAUACUGCUAAAUUGCUUAUACUUAUAGUGAGGAUUCCUCCCAGACAAUAUCAAUCAGUCACUUGCAUGAACCCAGUCAAAUUGGUUAUUAGAAAAGCACAAACAUAACAUUUUCCUUCACAGUUGUAUGCAAAAUAACCAUAAGACAACUGUGCUCUCACCAAGCUCUAAGAAUCAUAUGAUUCUCCAGAACGUUAUGUGCUAGCUGGGAACUGCCUCUGAGCCUGUUGGUUUCAGACCUCAAGCUCCGAUAUCGUCUGCCCGACGGUAAGGGAGUGAACAGCUUGUGGCUGGGGUGUGGGGCCUUCCUCAGGCACCGUUUCGAGUAGAUGUCCUGGAUGGGUGGAAGCACGGUCCCAGUGAUGUACUGGCCCGUCUUCACCACCCACUGGAGGGCCUUGUGGUCGUGGACGGAGCAAUUCCUUUACCAGGCCGUGAUGCAACCGGUCAGAACGCUCUCGAUGGUGCAGCAGUAGUAUUUGGAGAGGACACGUGGUGGCAUGCCCAAUUUCUUCAGCCGCCUUAGAAAGUAGAGACGCUAUUGCGCCCUUUUGACAACCCACUUGGGCACACACUGGUUGAAUCAAUGUUGUUUCAACAUAAUUUGUGAAUGUAUUGUGAUGUGGAAUCAACAUGGAAAAUACAUUGGAUUUGAAAAAGUCAUUAACCAGCACUGUUUUUAUUUAAUUUCAACCAGCGUUGUAAACAUUGAAAUUAGGGUAAAACUUCAACUUCAAUACAUUGACUUAAACUGACUAAAAGGUUGUUACAAUCUAAUUUCAACAUAAUCAUCAAAACAAUAUACGUUGAAAUUGCAUUGAAAAUUCCACAUAGAAACGUACAAAAUCAUUGAUUCAACCAGUGUGUGCCCAGUGGGAAGAGUGGUGGUGUUGUUGGUCCAUGGACGCCAAGGAAUUUAAAACCGCUGACUCUCUACUGCAGUCCCAUUGAUUUGGAUCGGGGCAUGUCAAUGAACAGCAUUCUCACAUAGGUGUUCUUCUUGUCCAGAUGUGUUAGGGUCAUGUGAGUAGCGAUGUAAAGUGGGUCCAGUGUGCCUGGCAUGCUGGCCUUGAUGUGGGUCAUGACCAGCCUCUCUCUCGAAGCACUUCAUGAUGACCGGGGUGAGUGCGACGGGGCAAUAAGUCAUUUGGGCAUGUCACCUUGUUUUUAUUGGGCACUGGGACGAUGGUGGUCUCCUUGAAGCAGGAGGGGACUACAGCCUGGGACAUGGACAGGUUGAAUAUGUGCGAGAAGAUGCCCACCAGCUGGUCAGGACACACUGAGGAUGCGGCCAGGGAUGACAUCUGAGCCGGCGGCUUUGUGGAUAUUCACUCUUUUGAGGGUUUUCCUCAUGUCUGCCUCGGAGAGCGAAAGCACUUGGUUGCCCGGAGCCUUCCUGGAUGGCCCGGCAUUGUCUGCCUCGAAGCGAGCAUAGAAUGUGUUAAGCUUGUCUAGGACGGAGGCUUCAGCUUGUACCUGCUUGCCUUGUACGUGUCGCGAGCCAGCGAGUCAUCAGGGUUCGUCCUGCUUACAUUGAAUGCAUUUAAAGUGACACUGACAUUGAAAGUGUGUGUGUGUAUACAAGCCAUGAUAAUUCUGUUGAACUGCAGUGGACUGAUUGUUGACCCUUUGUCCUCUUGACAGGAUAUGCUCAUUUCCUGAGUGGGAUGCAGUAUUGGAAGUUUGACCCGGUGGAGAUGAAGGUUCUGGAAGGAUACCCACGCUAUAUCGGCAUGGACUUCUUUGGCUGCCCGCUUCCUAUUAUCGAUAAAGCCCAGGAAGAGUCCGUAUCGCCCCAA